CGCGUCACUCUUCUUUUUUCGCUUUUCACUCUUUUCUUUUUCGCUCCACUCUUUGCAUUUUUAUAAUUUUUCUUUAUUUUUUCCCCCACUUGGUCGUAACUUAAGCAUUUUUUUUUUUUUUCGUUAUUUGAUUAACAGUUCAGCGAUGCAACACUUGCGUUAACGCGCGAACGUACGAAUGCAUUUAUAUGAAUAAAGUAAAAAAAAAAAAAAAGAAAGAGAAGAAGAAAAAGAAAAAGGAAAAAAUACAAACAAAACGCGUCAACAAAACGCGCCAACGAAACGAGCGAACAAAUACAAACAAACCCCACGGGCGAAUAGCAUUUUUGCAAAUCCCCCAGCAACGAAUCGGCCCAUCGGACCCUCCCACUGAAUACUCGCCUGAGAGCUCUAAUUGUAUCUUUUCUUCGACAAGAUGGGAAGAAGACCAGCGAGAUGCUACCGCUACUGCAAAAACAAGCCCUACCCCAAGAGCAGAUACUGUAGAGGUGUGCCCGACCCGAAGAUAAGAAUUUACGACAUGGGAAGAAAAAAGGCAGACGUGAAUGAAUUCAGUGGAGUUGUUCACCUGGUGUCCUACGAAUAUGAGCAGAUAUCUUCAGAGGCGUUAGAGGCAGCACGUAUUAGCGCGAACAAAUAUAUGAUUACGAAUUGCGGUAAAGAUAACUUUCACCUAAGAGUCCGAGUGCACCCCUUCCAUGUGCUAAGAAUAAAUAAGAUGUUGUCGUGCGCAGGUGCUGAUAGGCUGCAGACAGGUAUGAGAGGUGCCUUUGGAAAACCAAACGGUGUUGUUGCAAGGGUGGACAUUGGGCAAGUUCUCCUCUCCAUAAGAACUAAAGAGAAUUUUAUUGCAAAGGCAUGUGAGGCGUUGAGAAGAGCCAAAUAUAAAUUCCCGGGUAGACAGAAAGUGUUUGUUAGCAACAAAUGGGGAUUCACCAACUUUUCCAAAGACCAAUAUCAGGAAUAUAAAAAGAAAGGAAGAAUCAUAUCCGAUGGAGUCAGCUGCAAAUUUAUUAGAGAAAAGGGACCAUUAGAUAAAAUAUACAAGGACAUAAAUACAAUUAUUGAGUCCUAAUUUUCCCCUUUUGUUCUUUUCACGUCUUCAUGUUUUUGCAUUUUUUCUUGGGUGUUUAUGCGCACCCGUUUUGCCACGGGGGAAAAAAAAAAGGGGUUACUACUCUCCCUGUGUGUUGUGCCACAGGAGGGAGUAACCACCACCCCAUGUGCAUAUGUACAAUUAAGUACAUACAUCCUUUAUCAUUCCAUUAUUACUAUAAAGCAUUCUCUUCCCUUUUUUUUUUUUUUCCCACCAACUUUUUAUGAUUCUUCUCCUUUUUAGCGUCCAACAGCUAAUUUAAGAAAGUGGAAAGAUUCAU